CUAAAAAACCAGCCCCAAAUUUUUCCGCGAUGAAGCGAACUCGGUCUCAAACGAAAGCCAAUUCCAAUCCCGACGAUUCACAAUCCCCAUCCUCAAUCAAAUCCACCACCGCGACACCCUCUACAAAAAUCUCAUUCCGUGCUCGAAAAAUUCCAAGACUCAACCGUGAUACCGAUACCGUUGAUAACAAAGAAACAAAGGCUUCAGCUUCAACGCACUCACUAUUCUCUCCGAUGAUUGCGAAACCAUUAACUUGCAAAGGCGAAAUCGAAGUGGCUCUGAACCAUCUCCGCAAUGCCGAUCAUCUCCUAGCCACCUGCAUAGACACUUUCCGUCCUCCACACUUCUUCACUGAUCGCGCACCUUUCGUUUCCCUCACCAAGAGCAUCAUCUCCCAACAACUCUCCAACAAAGCCUCCGACGCCAUCGAAACCCGUUUCGUCUCUCUCUGCGGUGGCCUCUCUGCGGUUCUACCCGACGUCGUUCUCGCUCUCUCACCUCAGCAGCUCCGCCAGGUCGGAAUCUCGGGACCCAAAGCCACUUACCUCCAUGACCUCUCCACCAAAUUCGCCGAUGGGGUUUUGUCGGAUUCUUCGAUACUCGAAAUGGACGACGAAACUCUCCAUAAUAAGCUCACCAUGGUUAAGGGAAUUGGGCCUUGGUCAGUUCACAUGUUCAUGAUCUUCACUCUUCACCGCCCCGACGUUCUACCUGUUGGGGAUCUCGUUGUUCGGAGAGGGGUGGAACGCUUAUAUGGCCUCAAGGGUUUACCCUUGCCUUCCGAAAUGGAGCACUUGUGCCAGAAAUGGAAGCCUUAUAGGUCCGUUGGGUCUUGGUAUAUGUAUAGGCUCGUGGAAGCUAAAGGGGUCUUGCCAAGGCCCACACCACCGGUACUGUGACUCACCAUUCACUAACUACUCCAUUAGUCUUGUUAGUUUCAUUUGCUGUUGUUUUGUAUUAGGCUUGCUGUUAUGUAUUUCAGUGAUUAAUGAACUUCAAUUGGGAUUCACUGAUUCUUGUGGCUAAGUGUGGGUGUGUUUAUCUUUACUGAAAACCCAUGUUGGUUGCUCUUGCUUUGUCUGAGAAGGAUAACUCGUUAAUGGGGAAAUGGAUCCUCUUCCGGUAAGUUUUCCCAUGAGAGGAUUCAUUCUCUUGUUUGUGGACUGCAAUCCCAUGUAAAAGUUUUUAUAUUUGUAUACUAUGGUAGAGGUUUUAUUGAGACUAAAUUCCGAAAAUGAAAGAUCAAAUUUGAAGGUAUGAUCUUGGUCUGCAACUACUUUUGGGCCUGUGAUUGACUUCUAGUGUAUAAUGUGGUGACCUGAAAUCUAUUGUUGUUUUAGGGUGUGCUUAAUUAGUGGGGAUGAAUGGGUGAGGAGUCAAGAUGAGGAGGGAAAACAUUUGUAUGCUGCCUUGGUUAAAAGAAUGAACAGGAUGAAAUCAUAAUGGAGAGGCCGCCACAUGAAUUUCAAUGUACCAAUGCAGCAUUAUUAUUUCAUCCUGUUUAUUCUUUUAACCAAAAUUUCAAGCACUAUUUUGAAGAGAUUAAAACAUUUCUCAAGUUUCGUUCUUCUUUGUAUUUGUCAUUGUCCCAUUUUCCACUUGGGAUUAUCCACCAUAUGAUCUCUUGCGAUGUAUAGGAGAUUUGUAAGUUUUGUGAUCCCUACAGAGUUUUUGGUUUACUGCUUGCUAAUGUAUUUUUAUCCAUUUGAUUUCAGAA